UCUGUCAAUUCUAGAGCUUGUGUUGGAGGCGUUUAACACUUUUAAAGUCCUUUUCUAUAUUAAAUACAAGAAGCGUGAUAAUUCACCACAAACUGUUCGAUAUCAAUUUGGAUAAGAAUAGUCUAAGUUAGACGCUGAAAUAGCAAAGAUGGUCGUGUUAGAAUCUUGUUGGUCGCCCUGCAUUUGGUCUUCUAACGUGAAGACUGGCAGCCGGGCGGUGGCGGUGUACACGGCAGCUAUGAGUGUAGUUCUAAUCACAUUCAUCAGUUACCAGCUAGCAGGUGGUGACUCAACACAACUAUGGAAUCCUCUGUUUGAAGCCGAUGUGCGGGGGUCAAUGAAAGUUUUUGGAGGCAUUUUCAUCUGCAUUCUCGGACUCCUGAUAAUAUCUUCAAUUUGGAUGGUGAUUGGCAUUAAUAUUUGGAUGCGCGGUCUCAUACUGCCCUGGCUGAUCAUCAUGGGACUCAUCAUUUGCUUCCAACUUACCUUCGGGUUGUGGCUAAUAGGGGGCUACUACAUUUAUCUGGAUGCAACAUUCGCAGCCCUGGUUGAUUUCCUGUUUAUGGCUUACAAUAUCUACUGUUGGCUGUGCGUCUUCUCCCAGUAUCAAAUAAUUUUAGAAAUGCAGUCACCUAAUAUAGAAAUGUUGAUCGAAGAAUAACCCUAAACACAGUUUGGCACAACAAUAUAAUAUUUAGGUAAUGUAUUUCAAUAUAAUAUGUAAACAAUCAAUACAAUGUUCACCGUUAUUUGAUAUUUUAGACAGUUUUUGAAAUUGCCGCUAGAUGGCGCUAGUAGUAUCGGAUAAAUUUUA